AACGUCACAAAGUGACGUCAUGACGCAGUGAACGGAAGCGGCUCCGCUCUGAAGUUUAAGAAAAACCUCGGUCUCUGUUUUUGGUGGUUUCGUUUUUUGAUUCUUGUUUGCGGUUCGGAACCCGGGUGCAGACCAAGCAGGAGUUCGAGGAUCAGUUCCAGUGUCUUCAGUGCCUCGGUCGCCCGGCUCUCUCUGCUCCAGCAACCAUGGAUCACAUGGCUCACAAGGAUCACAUGAACCACAGUGCCAUGGCAACACAGCACGUCCAUCCCACCAUCAGCACCACCACCGUGCACGACCACGGCGGGGGCGACAGCGGCCACGGCGGCCACGGCGGCCACAGCAUGGCGAUGACCUUCUACUUCGGCUACCAGAACGUGGAGCUGCUGUUCUCGCAGCUGGUCAUCAACUCACCUGGAGAGAUGUUCGGGGCCUGUGUUGGAGUGUUCCUAUUGGCCAUUCUCUACGAGGGCCUGAAGAUCGGCAGGGAGAUCCUGCUGCGCCGCAGCCAGGUGAACGUCCGCUACAACUCCAUGCCUCUACCUGGAGCUGACGGCACCAUGCUGAUGGAGACGCACAAGACAGUGGGGUGAGAGAGACACACACAGAGAGAGAGGGAGAGAGG